CUCACUAGUCCCCACUCCCCAUCUCUCGGCUUGAAAUACUUCCCUCUCUCGCAGCUUCUUCUUCUUCUUCCAAACUCGCUGCUUCUCUCCCCACAAAAUGCCCUUCCCCUGGACUAAGCCCCAUCCCAGAACCCCAAUCGAACCACAAUCGCACCCCCCAAACCCUUUCCUCCCCAUCCAAACCCACCUCUCCGCCUUCCUCUCCUCCAUCUCCAGCUCCAAUCCCCUCAAAACCCACAUCGAUUCCGCCUUCGAAUCCCUCGGCAACGCCCUCCAAUCCGGCCUUUCCCGCCUCGCCUCUCCCUCGGCUCCCCUCCGGAGCCCCCCGUGGGCCCGGCUCACUCCGCCUCCCCUCGCCGGCGAUGGCCCGGCCCACCGGUUCGACCUCGCCAUGUCGACGGAGGCCAUCGAGGAGCGCCUCGCCGGGGUGCCCGUCUACGCCCUCAGCAACUCGGCGGAGGAGUUCGUUUUGGUGGCUGGCGUCGGUAGCGGGAAGUCUCUGGGUUUGUUCUGCUUCAAGAAGGAGGACGCCGAGGCUCUCUUGGACCAGAUGAGGUCGAUGAACCACGACAUGCGGCAGGGUUCCAAGGUUGUCGCCCUUGCUCUCAGUAAGGUUUUCCAGCUUAAGCUUGAUGGAGUUGCCUUCCGAUUCAUUCCAGAUUCAUCUCAGGUGGCACAUGCCAUUAAGGUGAAGGAAAAGGUGGGGAGUUCUGUAGAUGGUUUCUCUGGAGUUCCAGUUUUUCAGUCAAAGAGUUUGGUCUUAAGGAGUGGGAACAAGAGAUACCGCCCAUUUUUCUUCAGAAAGGAGGACCUAGAAGAGUCACUCUUUAGAGCUUCACGCCAGCAGAAUAAGUUAAAUCCUGCCUUAAGGACCGGUGACAUUCAGGUUCGUGUCCUGGAGGAAAUUAUCAACACCAUGAAGGGAAGCUCUGUGUCAAAGUGGGAUGAUGUUGUGUUUAUCCCUCCAGGUCUCAAUGUCUCAGUUGGUGUCCGUGAAACAGCUCUUGGAUAGGCAAACUUUUGGACAUCGGACAGUGCAUUGUUGACUUGCUAGCCAGCCCUUUCUGUUUUUUUUGGAUUUGAUGAGUUGCUCUGCUCAGUGAGCUUAUGAGAUUAUCUCACAUGUAAUUGGUCCACCGGAUUAAAAUGAGAGCACUCACAGGAAUUAUGAUAGUUGUCCAUCACAAUUUUGUGAGAUAUGAUGUAAUGUUGUUUAUUUGUCUCUGCACCAUCUGUAGCCGUCCAUAAAGAUAACGAAACCAUCCAUUAUUAUCAAAAGUCAAAUUCUUAUUCGAGUUACAGUUACAUUUUCCUCCUAAUGUUUAGUGAGCUUGAGAAUUCACAU